UCUUAGUCAACACAGCGCUUCACAGGUCAGAACAUAAAAGAGUGAGGGGUCUCUCCAGACGCUCUAAAUUGUCUCUGUGUACCGUCUUUCCCUCAUCCAGGACGUUGAAUAGGCAAGAGAAGUGAGCCGGAUUCAUAUCAACUAGAUCUGGCCAUCUCUGCCUCCCCUCUUAUUGGUCAUUCUUUCUCUCUCUCUCUCUUCUCAGUCAUUCUGCUCGCUCAGACUUGGAUUGAGGACAAUACAGUUCUCACAGACUGUUAGUGCUCAGACCGUCUCAGUGGGAACAGAAGACAGCGUAAAGACCGGACCACAAGAAAGAGUGUCUUUGUGAUGCUUCAUUCCAGGAACAGAUGGACAUUAAAGUGGACGUUUCUUUUGAUACGUUUUUGAAGUCUUUGCUGACUUUGACACAAAGUCAACUGUGAACGGAGACCUGUAACUUGGGACCAUAUCAAAAAGGUGAAGAUGAGGUCCAGGAGCAGCGAUAUGGAGGGGCCAGAGAACAGACCAUUGAAGCCGCUCGUGAAAAUCCACAGCACUGAGAAAGAGAGAAGCAAACAAGAGCUGAUGAAGAAGAAAAGCAAAGCUCGGGAGGAAAAAGACAGCAGUGAGGAGAAGGCUGUUUCUGGGACUUUGCAAAAGCCUCAGAAGCCCGGCGAGAUGCAGCAGAGGAGAGCCGCACUGAUGGACCUCUCCAAAGAAGAUCUCAUCCAUCUGCUGGGAGUCAUGGAGGGAGAGGUUCAGGCCCGUGAAGACAUUAUCCACAUGCUGCAGUCUGGGAGAACACGACCUGAAGUUCUGGAGGCUCAUUACGGAUCUGCGGUUCCAGUCAAACCUCUUCAAGCUCUGCAGAGAGACAGUCUGAUGACCAGCGGAGACUUGAUUAGAGACGACGUCUAUGAGAUCCCUAUGCUAGAGCUGGACCGUUUGGAGGAGAAGCAGCGUGAGACGUACAGACGUAUGUUAGAGCAGCUGCUCUUAGCUGAGAAAUGCCACCGACGCACCGUCACCGAACUGGACAGCGAAAAGCGCAAACACGUCGACUUCAUGAACAAAAGCGAUGAUUUCACCAACCUGCUGGAGCAGGAGAGAGAGAGACUCAAGAGACUGUUGGAGCAAGAGAAGGCAUACCAGGCUCGCAAGGACAAGGAUCACAGCAAACGUCUUGAGAAAGUUCGGGAGGAGCUGGUUAAGUUGAAAUCAUUUGCCCUGAUGCUGGUGGAUGAAAGGCAGCUUCACAUUGAACAGAUUGACCAGGAAAGACAGAAGGUCCAGGAUCUCAGCAAGAAGCUACAUGAAAGAGAGCAGCAGUUGGAGCUCAUCAACAGCAAAGCUAAAGAAGACAGUAAGAGGAUCCAAAGACUGGAGUUCGACCUAGAGCAUAAGACCUCCAAAUCUUCACAGGAACAUGAGGAGAUGACUACCAAGCUGGCCAAGCAGGAGUCUGAAAGUCGACAGCUGCGUCUGAAGCUGGCCAGCAUGUCACGCAGGAUUGAGGAGCUGGAGGAGGCCAAUCGUACGCUGCAGAAGUCUGAGGAGGACCUUCAGGACCUGCGGGACAAAAUAAGCAGAGGGGAGUGUGGGAACUCGAGCCUCAUGGCUGAGCUGGAGAACCUUCGGAAGAGAGUUCUGGAAAUGGAGGGCAAGGAUGAGGAGAUCACGAAAACAGAAGCGCAGUGCAAGGAGCUAAAGAGGAGGCUCCAAGAUGAGGAGAAUCACAGCCGUGAGCUGAAACUAGAGGUUGAAAAACUGCAGAAGAGGAUGGUGGACCUGGAGAAACUGGAGGGAGCUUUCAAUGUGAGCAAAUCCGAAUGUGCCCAGCUUCACAACAACCUGGAGAAAGAAAGAACCUUGACAAAGAGCUUGGCGUGUGAGCUGGAAACAGUUAAAAACCAUAUCAAAGAACUUGAGUGCUCAGAAUCGAGGAUGGAAAAGGCUGAGAUGGGUUUAAAGGACGACUUGACCAAACUAAAGUCAUUCACGGUGAUCCUAAUGGACGAGAGGAAGAACAUGGCAGAACGAAUCAAACAGGAAGAGAAGAAAAGUGAGGAGAUAAACAAACUGUUUAAAGCUGAGCAAUGCAAAGUCAUGGAGGUCACAGAAAAGCUGAUUGAGGAAAGUAGGAAGCUUCUUAAACUGAAGUCCGAAAUGGAGAUGAAAGUGUCCGCUCUUACCAAGGAGAAAGAUGACCUGAAAUCUAAACUUGCAAGUGAAGAAGAGAAACAAAAGGAUCUCAGUUUAAAGUUGUGCCAGAUGCAAACUAAAAUGGACAAGCAAGAGGAAGCUAAGUGGGAAUCUUCAAGAAACAGAGAUAAUGUAGACAAAGUUGGGUAUUCCGAUGAGGACAACAAGGUUAAAGAGCUCACAAUGGAGAUUGAGAGACUCAGGAACCGACUUAAACAGCUUGAGGUUGUGGAGGGCGAUUUGUUGAAGACAGAGGACGAGUACGACAUGCUUGAGAAGAAGUUCAGAACCGAGCAAGACAAAGCCAAUGCCCUUUCCCAACUCCUGGAGGAAAUGAAGACGCAGAUCACCAAGAACAAGGCCAUAGAAAAAGGAGAGAUGGCAAGCCAAGAAGCUGAGCUGAGACUACGCUGCAAGAUGGAGGAGGCCAAAACGAGAGAUCUUCAGGCUGAUGUCCAAGCUCUAAAAGAGAAGAUUCAUGAGCUCAUGAACAAGGAGGAUCAAUUAUCUCAGCUUCAGGUGGACUACACGGUUCUCCAGCAGCGGUUCAUCGAAGAGGAGGAUAAAAAGAAAAACAUGAAUCAAGAAGUUCUCAAACUAACCAAAGAGUUAGAAGCUACGAAGCGUUACAGCCGUGCCCUUAGACCCAGCAUGAACGGAAGGAGGAUUGUGGACGUUCCUCUCACUUCCACUGCAGUACAGACCGACGCAGACAUGAACGAACACUUCGAAGACGAGACUCCAGCUGUGUUCAUCCAGAAGUCUGUUCUAGAGGAAAAUCACAUCAUGAGUAAUCUGAGGCAGAAAGGUCUCAAGAAACCAAACGUGUUGGACCGUUACCCGCCGGCGGCUGCAGAGUUGGGGACGAGGAAGUCUUGGAACCCUUGGAUGAAGAAGAAAGAAGCGGUUACUAUCACUCAGGGAGUUCCAUCAACCCAUGAGGUCAAUGGGACUACAUCACGGACAUCACCAGAACUAACCAUGUCUCAGAAACCCGGUCAGCCCCUUCAUAUUAAGGUGACUCCAGACCAUCAGAGCAGCACUGCCAAGUUGGAGAUCACCAGUCCAUGUGCUGAGGACUUCUUCUCCAGUACCACCAUCAUCCCAACUCUUGGACUCCAGAAACCACGCAUAACAAUCGUUCCUACUUCUAUGCUGCCAAAGUCCAAAACCAAUGAAGGGCCAGCUGAACGGACAAAAUCUCCAGUCACUAUAACGGCCAUCUCCAGAGCUAAAUCUCCAGAGAAGGGUAAAGGCUCCUACUCGGAGCAUCCUGCUUCUCCUCUGUCCAUCAUAACCAUUAGCGCAACUCCAGUCUCCCAGACAUCCAUCUCCCCAGAACCCCAUGAGAUGACCAUUGGCAGGGCCGUGUUCAAGUUGACCCCUGAAAAGCAGACGGUUCCAACGCCCAUCCGGAAAUACAACUCCAAUAUUAUAACCACAGAGGACAACAAGAUCCACAUCCACCUGGGGUCACCAGGGUUCAAGAAACCUCAGGAUGACAGAAGUGGCUCGGUUAUGGUUUGGCCUAAUGGUGUAAGUUCAGACAGCAGAGAGAUGCCAACAGGGACAGUUCUGCGCUCUCCCAGACAGACGUCAGCUAAUGUUGGAAACAUGAUCCAAGGCAAGAUGACCAGCAGCAUCACAAUAACCCCCAUCACCUCGGCCCCAUCCAGGUCUACUCAAUCUGUGUUGCUUCUGAAAUGUUUCAAAAUGAUAUCAGGGGGUGUCUGCUCCCUAGAUAGCUCUCUUUCAAGCACGGAACGGAUGUGCAGUCAUCUCGCUCCGCAGCAACACGAAUCCCCAUGUCAAAAGAAGGUCCAGAAUGAUCUUUUUCAUCUGAGGCCUGGUGCUGUCGAGCUCCAAAAAGCUCUCAAAUCACGUUCAAAUGUGCUUUCAAUUCAUCUUUCAACAGAAGAAUGAAAGUCAAAUGGGUUUGGAAGGACAUGAGGAGAAUGUUGUGCUCCAAGUGAAUCGAGAGCCGCGCUGAGGCAGUUUCAAAUCCGGUCCAUAACACAGUAUGCCUGACUGAGAGGUCUACAUCCGCCCUGCAUCCACAUGCACCAAUAAAUCGAGCGAGGGGCGAACCUGUCAAAGCCGGUUCAAGCACAAGGAUCUGUAGUAGUAAUGCACCAUAUAUGCAUACAGAUUAUACCAGUGAUUCGAGACCCUGGAUGCCAGAGAGUAAAGAAAGAGAUGAAAAUCGUAGAACAUGAAAAGUUGCAGCAUGUGAGAAGAAGAGAAACUGACAUAGGAUGUUUUUUACAUGUACUUUGAGAAAAUCAAAAUUCACCCCAUUUAAUUUCAUGUUGUGUUUGGGUGAUUUUGGAUUUUCUUUUUUCCUGAAAUGCUAAAUUAAUUUAAUCACAUUGGGCUAAAACUUUCUGACUUUACUCACACUGGGCAUAACAACUUCCCAAAGAAUUUUAAUCAUUUUCGAACUUCCUUAGGAUCCCCUAAAAAAGUUUGAAAACAAAACAUUGCUUAUAAAUUUCUUAUGCUAUAUUAUUACCAAAUCUUUCUUAACUUGAUGCAGUCUUUAUUAACUUGUUUUCUUUCAAUUAGAACAGGUUUUGAAUUUCUUUUUGGAACUGACUGAUCGUAGGCCUCAUGCACCUGAGUAAAGUUUUUGUGUAAACACUGACAAAAUUAUCCACAUAUAAUUCUUUUUUCAUUUAAAAAUGAGCUCAAAUCAGUAAGGCCUAUGAUCUAUCAAUCAGUUCCAAAAAGAAAUACAAAACCUGUUCUAAUUGAAAUACCAAAAGAGAAUAGCUGACCGAAAGACUGAAUCAGAGAUUUAGUGAUAAUAUAAAAUAAUAAGAGAUUUACAAGCAAUUUUUUAUUUAUUUUUUUGACCAGAAACACCAAAUUAGGGAUUUUCAGCACAGCACAAGGUGCACACGUUCCUGGUCCUAUUGCAAACGAUUCAUAAGUUUGACAUUUGUAAUUUUUUUUUCUUGUUAAAUAUUCUGUUUCACCUGGAAAUGUGUUGCAUUAUGCAUAAAUUGGGUUGUGUGAGCAAGUUCAUGUUGUUUUAAGCGCUGGUCUAACGUUACAUUGUUUGCUUUGGAAACGACUGGUUAUAGUGUCAUACUGCCGAGAGCAGUUUAUUGAUCAUUAUUUAUCAGUCUCUGCUAGAAUUUAACGGUGGCAUUGAAGUGUUAAAAGAAUGAGAGAGAGUCAGUUGGGGAAAAGGUGCAUGAUACUGUAUGUUUAGUUAAGAAUAAAAGUAUUUAUCACCGCACAGAAUUGUAAUCCACAAAGUCCUUAUAACCAACAACUGUAUUUCAUUUCAUUUAUAGCAUAUGACCUCUGUGAAUGCAGUAUGAGCUCACUGAACUGAAGUGUGUGUCUGUCCUGCAUAUAAAACGAGAAAUUCACCCAAUAAACACAUUUAUGAUGCUCAUGA